UCCUGUUUGUGACUGCAGCACUCUAGCCCGGGGUCUCACUCACUCCAGCCUCUCUCACUCCCUGUGUGACAGCAGUACUCCACUCUUUCUCUUGCUGAAGCCCCCCCCCCCACACUCCUGUGAGAGACAGCAGCACUCCAGCCCCUCUCUCCUAACUCUGAGGUCCCAGCUGUCUCUCUCCCAGGCUGGUGGAGUCAUCAGUCACCUGGGCAGUGUCUGUAUGGCGGCCGCUGGCAGCGCUGUGCACGCUCUGUGUUGUGCUGAGAGCCGGCUGUCAGUGCGUGGUGUGCUCCCUCCUCUCUCCCGCGUCUAGCAGUGUGCGCUCCCCGGGAUAGCCGCCUCCCCGCUACCUGCGCCCAGUGCAGAGCCUCCGGCUGUCCCCGUCCCUCUGAUGCCGGUGGAGGAUGAGGGCGCUGCUACAGGAGCUCGGAGUCCGUGCGCUGCUGUUCGGGGUCUUUGUGUUUACAGAGUUUCUGGACCCGUUCCAACGUGUUAUCCAACCCGAGGAAAUCUGGCUGUAUAAAAAUCCUCUGGUGCAAUCAGAUAAUAUACCUACGCGGCUCAUGUUUGCCAUUUCAUUUCUUGCACCUCUUGCUGUGAUUUUUGUGGUGAAAAUCAUCCAAAGGACAGACAGAACAGAAAUAAAGGAAGCGUGUUUGGCUGUCUCUCUAGCACUGGCUCUGAAUGGGGUCUGCACCAACACUAUCAAACUCAUAGUGGGAAGACCUCGUCCCGAUUUCUUUUACCGCUGCUUUCCUGAUGGGGUGUCAAAUGAUGAGAUGCACUGCACUGGAGAUGCCAGUCUUGUGUCUGAGGGCAGAAAGAGUUUCCCCAGUAUCCACUCAUCAUUUGCUUUUUCUGGUCUGGGUUUCACCUCCUUCUACCUAGCAGGAAAGCUGCAUUGUUUUACAGAGUUAGGGCAAGGGAGAAGCUGGCGUCUCUGUGCAGCAAUCCUGCCCCUGUAUUGUGCUAUGAUGAUCGCCCUGUCACGCAUGUGUGAUUACAAACAUCACUGGCAAGAUUCCUUUGUGGGCGGUGUAAUCGGCUUGCUCUUAGCCUAUGUAUGCUACCGGCAGCAUUAUCCUGCACUGACGCACUCCUCCUGCCACCGUCCCUCUGUAUGCCUCUGUCAGACCAGCGCCCAAAAGAAGGAGGAGCCAGCUGUCGCAGACAACACUGAAGGCUUGAUGCAUGAGGGCAUGACAGAGGGCCCCGUAUGACCAGCAAGUGGUCUGACCUGACUUGUAGCCACACAUAGCCUCAUUUAGGAGAUUUCCUGAACUGUGUGUGUAUGGCACCACACAUUCUCUCUAUGUGACCAGCAGUACUGCAGUAAGUGCAGUGACAUCUUCUCCAGCCGGUGUGACAUCCAGGAAGCAUAAUGUCAUCUGCUAACUUCUCAAUCCUCAUGAGGAUCUAAUACACUAUUUCUGAUGGUGCUGUGUCACUUUUCUGUGAUAUGUUGACAUCCAUUCUCUUCUAGCUACAUUACCAUGAAGUGCAAUAUGUCUACCAUCCUGAUAAGAGACCAUCACCCCAGCCUGUGUGUGAAGACCUAUGUUUUCUGCCACAGCACAAUGCAGGAAUCUUCGCAGUGCCGCUGCCUCGAUAUGCCCAUACAAUGUCCAGUACCGCACUCAUCACUGGGAGGUGCCGGCAUCCCUGUGACUUCAUUGAGCACUUACCAUGUUCCCUGUUGUGUUUCUGUAUAACACAGAUUUGUCUAAGUCUCACAGUUCAGCACUUAGAUGUCAGUGUGUCGCACUGAUGAAAAGGACAUGAUAGAUGUGUUUCAGUGUACAUGCAUGUAAUAUCGUUAGGUGUCCCGUAAUAUGGGUUUGAGCAGAAGAUUGAUAUGAUGCAUGUGAAGCUGUCUCUAUCUUCUCGUAUCCUUUGAAUGCAAUGAUCAGAUUGGUGGUGGUAACCACUAAGCAUUGGAAGGUGUUGUUGCAUGAUACAUACAGCCAGGGUCUUUGUACAGUAGGUCAUUACUUUUAGUCUUGUGAUGAGAUGCGUCGCGGUGCAGAAAACAUAUGAGCAACUUUACUCCUCCAUGCAAUGAUUAUUCAGUGGACCAGUCUCCUCUCAUUGUGGCCUGCUCGGUGAUUCAGAUUAAUCCAAAGAUUUUUUGACAUUUGCUAUUCUGUUUUUAUUUCAUGUGUGCUCCAUGCAAGGAUAGAGUUAUACAGUGGAUGUGUACAAUAAGGGAAAUGCGGGUUUCCUUCUUAUUUACCACAAUUACUAGACGACUGGUUCCCAGACCUGCACUGAAGUAAGGCAAUUUUCUACCCUGCCAGCCCGUCCAGGAACAUUUGUCAUGAUGUCACGCUGAGGGGUUGAGACAGUCGGUACCAGAAAGAGGAGCACUGCCCGGAACAUCCUCUACGGGGUUCCUAUAGUCUGCAGGGUCCCAGGCACUGUGGAAGAUAAAUGCAGGUGCUGAGAGGCAGAGGCAGCACCGCUCACACGUCCCUAGUUAUGGCCCUAUUCUAGACUGUCUGCUGUGGUGCAAUCUCAGGGGUGUCAUUGGAAUCGAAAGCACUGAAGGCUGUGGUCAUAACUGUCUGUUGGGCCUAGCAAAGCUCAGUGAAUUGUGAGUACACUCUUAUAUUGCCCUGUACAAUAGAGCAGCAGUAUAUGUAAUACAGUCAUUGCUGUGAUGCUCCAUGUAAUGAGUAUGUGACAGUGAAGUCCAUGAUAUACUGCAUUUCCACUCACAAUCAUAAUAGAUUCUGACUCUUCAAAUCUCAAAGUAUUUACUUCAUAUUCUGUAAAUUAAAUUGGGAAUACAUUAUAUACAGCAGGACUGCAGCUAGGGAAGUCAAUCCCGGGUAUCGGGACUGAAAAAUGGCCAAUCCCGGGAUACCCGGGAUUGGCUUUUAGCUAUGUGGCCGCGCACUCGCCCCACCCCGCCCCGCACACGUAACUCACCAUAUACCGGGGGCGGGCGGGGAACAACCUCUGAUCUCUCCUGCCGGCUCCCUGCAGCAGCUGACUGUGCAGCGUGACCUCUCACGCUGCGCUGGGGAGCCGGAAGAAGGAAGCCGGGCAUCGUCUGAGCGUCCUGUGGACGCUCAACGCUAAUCUCUCAAUCCCCGGGAUUGUAGCUUCCAAUCCCGGGAUUGAAUCCCGGCCAUUUUUGGCCCUAAAUCCCAGAAUCCCGCCGAUCCCGGGAUUGGCCACCAUAACUGCAGCAUAUUGCAGAGUAAUAUAUUACAGUGGGAAUUACAGUAUUACACUAUAAUUGACACAGUGGGUAGAUUUUUAAAACUUUCUAAGUAGUGUGGGAGUCAGAGGACGGCAUAUCACAGACCAGUAGUGAACUUGUUAAAUGUAAAGAUUGGAAAUAUCAUAAUAGUUAUUUAUACUUUAGAUUUACUUCAGUAGAUGACCAUCAUGAAAAGCGUUCUAGGUAUGUCUUUUGGCUUAGGGGUACUGUGAAAACAUUGCUGAAACACUAAGGGCUAUGGAGCUCCUGUGCGCCAGGCAGUGGUACUGCACCGCUAAUAGUGCCACUGGAAAAGGUACCGAAAUAGUCGCCAUAACAAGCCCAGUCCCUCUUGCGGUGCUUCCCACCCCAACAAAGUCAUAGAAUUCUCUGGUUUAGAAGGUCGCAACAUUGCAACUCACACCGGAACUAUAGAUAUGGGAUAGAUGUUUGUCAUUUGAUGAUGUUGUCAAAUUGAGCUUAGUUACAAAUUAGAGUACUGUGUGACUUCUUGGCUAAAACAGCCACGUGCUAUAGUUGCUAAUAGCUAUCUGUACUAAGGCCCUCAUUCCGAGUUGUUCGCUCGUUGCCGAUUUUCUCUAUUUUGUGAUUAGUCGCUUACUGCGCAUGCGCAAUGUUCGCAGAGCGCAUGCGCUUAGUUAUUUUACUCAACAGUUAGGUAUUUUACUCGGCAUUACGAGGAAUUUUCUUCGUUCUGGUGAUCGGAGUGUGAUUGACAGGAAGUGGGUGUUUCUGGGCGGAAAUUGACCGUUUUAUGGGCGUGUGGGAAAAAACGCGUGCAGUUUCUGGGAAAAACGCGGGAGUGGCUGGAGAAACAGGGGAGUGUCUGGGCGAACGCUGGGUGUGUUUGUGACGUCAAACCAGGAACGAAACUGACUGAACUGAUCGCAGUGGCAGAGUAAGUGUCGAGCUACUCAGAAACUGCUAAGAAAUUUCUAUUCGCAAUUUUGAGAAUCUUUCGUUCGCAAUUCUGCUAAGCUAAGAUUCACUCCCAGUAGGCUGCGGCUUAGCGUGUGCGAUGCUGCUAAAAGCAGCUUGCGAGCGAACAACUCGGAAUGAGGGCCUAUGGGUGAUUCAGACCUGAAAAAAUACCUCAGUCAGCGGACAGCUGUAAAUCUGUUUGCAGCUCACUCACCAUUGAAUGAUUUCACCAGUGUGUGG